UACACCUCUGCAUACCGUUGCUCUCCUACUACUCUCCUCUUUUUAGCCUACUAUAGAGUCUUCUCUCUUCCAACCAAGCGACUCUUUCGGACUCUAACAUCUAUAUAGAUACACAAAACAUAGAGAGAAGGAGCCCUCAGCCAUGGUAGCGGCUUCUCUGAGCCCCGUGCAUGGUGACGACAUCAAGUCACUCGCCCUCCCGAUCGUCGACCUCUCCUGCCAUAGGGGCCUCGUCUCCGAGCUCAUUGUGAAGGCCUGCGAGGAGUUUGGUUUCUUUAAAGUGAUCAACCAUGGAGUGCCUGCCGCCGUCAUCUCACAGAUGGAGACCAUUGCAUUAGAUUUCUUCUCGCUGCCGGCUGCCGAGAAGCAACGAGCGGGGCCUCCAAAUCCACUUGGAUAUGGGAACAAGGCCAUUGGGCAGAGUGGAGACUCCGGAGAGGUGGAGUACCUCCUCCUCCACGCCAACCCCUCGAUCUCCCAGAGAGGCAGUACAAUAUCAAGAAUGAAUCCAACCAAAUUCAGCUGUGUGGUGAAUGAGUACGUGGAGUCUAUGCAAGAGCUGGCAGGUGAGAUACUGGAGCUGCUGGGAGAAGGGCUGGGGCUGGCAGACAGUGGGGUACUUAGCAGGCUGAUAAGAGACAGCGAGAGCGACUCACUGCUCAGGCUGAAUCACUACCCUCCAUGCUAUAAUAACAAGGAGGAUAUCAGCAGCGAUAGCAGCAACGAUAAGGAUACUGUUAGGAGCGGGAGGAUUGGAUUUGGCGAGCACUCGGACCCUCAGAUCAUCACCCUCCUUCGAUCGAAUGGUGUGGGAGGGCUCCAGAUACUGUCUCCCUCAUCCUCGGACGGUGCAGCUUGGGUCCCAGUGCCACCUGACCCUACCACAUUCUAUAUCAUGGUCGGCGAUCUGCUUCAGGCUAUGACGAAUGGGAGACUAGUUAGUGUGAGACAUAGGGCCAUGGUUAACUCCUACAGCUCAAGGCUCUCCAUGGUUUACUUUGGUGCACCUCCCCUCCAUGAAUGGAUCUCCCCUCUCCCAGAGAUGAUCACACCCCAAAUGCCUCGUUGCUACAGAUCGUUUACUUGGGCCGAGUAUAAGAGAGCCAUGUAUUCACUCAGGCUUGGACACAAUCGCCUUGAUCACUUCCGCCAAGAUACAAUGGAAGAAUAUCCCUGGUUAGUAAAAUGAUAGUAGAGAUUUCUUAGGAUAACAUUUUGUACAAACCAAUGUCUAUCAAGAGGGGGUUUAUUUUUUUGAAAUAAUCCCCCAAAUUUUGUUAAUGUUUGUUGAUUAGAAGCAGAGGGGUGACUUCAAUAGGCUAUCAAUGUAGUAUAAUUAGAUUACCAGGGUCACGUCAAAAAGGGAAGAUCAUGUUUUGAGAAGAAUAUCCAAGGAGAUUUACAGUGUUGUAUGCUUUCAAGGUUGGGUAAAACCUUUUUUCUCCAUAUUUUGCAACAAUCAGAAAAUUUUGGUUU